AUGGCAAUCCCUACCAUAGAUUUCAGCACUCUCAAUGGAGACAAAAGGGGUGAAACCAUGGCACUUCUGCAUGAAGCCUGUCAGAAGUGGGGGUUUUUCCUGAUUGAGAACCAUGAAAUUGACAGGAACUUGAUGGAAAAGGUUAAGAAGCUAAUUAAUACAUAUUAUGAGGAAAACUUGAAGGAAAGUUUCUAUCAGUCUGAGAUAGCAAAAAGCUUGGAGAAAAAACAGAACAGCUCUGAUAUAGAUUGGGAAAGUGCCUUCUUCAUUUGGCAUCGUCCCACUUCCAACAUUAAGCAAAUCCCAAACCUCUCUGAGGAGCUUUGCCAAACAAUGGAUCAGUACAUUGAACAACUCAUUAAGAUGGCAGAGAAGUUGUCAGAGCUUAUGAGUGAAAAUCUUGGUUUGGAGAAAAAUUACAUCAAGGAGGCAUUUUCUGGAGCAAAUGGACCAGCUAUGGGAACAAAAGUGGCAAAGUACCCUCAAUGUCCACAUCCAGAACUUGUUAGAGGACUUAGAGAGCACACAGAUGCUGGUGGUAUCAUCCUUUUGCUCCAAGAUGACCAAGUGCCAGGUCUAGAAUUCUUCAAAGAUGGCAAGUGGGUUGAGAUUCCACCCUCCAAAAACAAUGCCAUUUUUGUGAACACAGGUGAUCAAGUUGAAGUUUUGAGCAAUGGCUUAUAUAAAAGUGUUGUGCACAGAGUCAUCCCUGAUAAGAAUGGAAGCAGACUCUCCAUUGCCAGCUUCUAUAACCCAGUUGGUGAAGCUAUCAUUUCACCAGCUCCUAAACUCUUAUACCCAAACAAUUAUCGUUAUGGAGACUAUUUGAAGCUUUAUGGCAACACCAAGUUCGGGGAAAAGGCUCCCAGAUUCGAAUCCAUCAAGAAUAUGGCCAAUGGCCACUAA